AUGGCCAAGAAGCAAAACAAGAAACCAGUGGAACAACCACCAAACGAAGAGGAGGAGCAAGUUUCAAUGGAGGAAAAAUGUGAAGAGCUCCUCAAAACUCCACCAUCCACCGGCCAACAAGCUUCUGAUUCUGAAACCGAGAAAAUCGUUUCCACGAAGGAAGUGGCUGAGUCAUCUGCUGAUGUCGCUUCAACCAAGACAAAAAAACGGCCUGUUGAAGAAAGCUCAAGCGGCGUGAACGGGAAACGUCUCAAGACGGAAGAGAAGAAACCAAUGUUUCAGAGGAUUUGGUCACUAGAGGAUGAGAUCGUCUUACUUGAAUCAAUCAUCAAGUUUGGGAAGGAUCCUUUAAAAGACAAGACUGGUUCUUUUCACCACUCGGUCAAGUCAUUGAUUCAAUUUGAGGUGAGUAACUCUCAAGUUAUAACCAAGAUACAGAAUAUGAGAAAGAAAUAUUUAGGCAAAGCGCACAAGGCUGUUGUGAGAUUCUCGAAACCUCAUGAUCGUUUAUGUUUCGAAAAGUCCGAAGAAAUCUGGGGACCUAAUGGGAUCCUGGAGAAGAAAGUGGAUGAUGAUGUGAUGUCUGAAGAAGACGAGUGGUUCGAGAACUCUUUUCUUCCAGGGUCAGUUGCAAGUGAUUGUUUGUGUGAAGGAAUGGUGAAACGAGGUUGGAACUUGGUUCAAACGGAGAGGAAGCACAAGAUUCAAAAGAAGUUGAAGGUCUUGGAGAAGGAAUACAACAGGAUUGCUUUCCGAAAGAAGGAAUUCAUUAAUGACAUCACCUCCGCCAUUUACGAAGUAACAAGUUAG